AUGGACGCGGAGGACCUUACAUGGGACCUCCUCCUCCCGGCUCCCGGGGUGGAUACGUGGGGCCGAUGCUUGGCCGUGGAGGUCGCGGUGGAAUGGUGCCACCUCGAGGACCCCCAGUCGGCUAUGGGUAUCCAGAUCAGAAUUUCCAUGCUGAAGAACCUAUCCCGAGGAUUCACGUGCCAAUUCCUGAAUGUCCAUGGACCCGGUGUACCGGCAUUCCACGUUCACAUGAGACUGGAAUAG